AAAAAGAGGUGGCCCGCCAGAGACCACGCCCCCCCACAGGAAGUGACGUACGAAACUGGCGCCUCGGAGGACGCGAGAGGGGAGCACGUUGAGGCCAUGGCCCCUCGGCGCCUCCUGUUGGUUGGGGAGGGGAAUUUCUCCUUCGCCGCGGCCCUGAGCGAGACCCUGGAUGACAGCACCAGUGUAACCGCCACCUGCCUCCAGCGCCCGGCCGACUUGGCCGGAGAUCCGGUGGCCCAGGAGAAUCUGCAGCGCCUGCGCGAGCGAGGUACUGAGGUGCGUUUUGGUGUGGACUGCACCCAGCUGGCAGAUGCCUUUGAACUGCACCACAGGGAGUUUGAUCGGAUUUAUUUUAAUUUUCCGCACUGUGGACGCAAAGCUGGAGUUGCUAAGAACAGGGAACUGCUUGCCAAGUUUUUCCAGAGCUGUAAAGAUGUUCUCGCACCGGAAGGAGAAGUCUAUGUGGCAUUGUGUAGAGGACAAGGUGGGACUCCUGCUGAUAAGCCCACAAGAGAAUGGCAUAACAGUUGGCAAGUAGUUGCCAUGGCAGCUCUGGGGGGAUUCAUUUUAAGUGACGUGCAUCCCUUCAGCUGUGAGGCUGUGCCAGGGUACAAGUGCACUGGAUAUAGGAGUCAAGAUAAGUCCUUUCAUGUAGAAAGUGCUUUGAACCAUAUCUUCACCCGGAGCUUACCCUUUGAAGAUUCACAGCCCAGAAUCUUCAGGACCAGAGUGGGUGGCCGGUGGUUUUCCUUUCCAGAACCAGAAGCACUUGUAGGAAAGUUGAACAGAGGUUUCCUAGAAGCACCUUCAUGUCAUCCUGUCAGAACCAUUAAUGAGAAACUCAUUGUGGAAUUGGGCAAAGUGUUCCCUCUAAAAAGGCUGAAGCGUCCCUUCCCUUUGCUGCCACAGGGAAGCACUAGUGCUCUCACUUCCUGGAACUGUGACAUUCUGUCAGCUGCCUUUUGGAUUAGUCUCCGUGAAGAUGACUCAAAUUCUGAGUCCCUGACUGAUGGGACAACACAAGACAUGGAGGACUUUCUGGCGCUAUUUUCAGAACUUAGCCUUCUCAAGGAUCCUGGAAGCGACAGUAAGGAAGAAGCUCAUGAAGAAAGCUAUGGCCAAACCACGGUCUGCCUUAGGCCUUCUCUCCUAGUUCAUGUUCAGGCUGUCAUCCAAGCACCAGACUUUGUCCCAGGUUCCCUGCACAUCCUCAGUGGACCUGUCUUUCGGAAGUGCCGCAUCUUGCCUUUCACAAUGCCAGCAUUUCAUGAGACUUUAUUUGUCAUCGGGUUUAAUAAAAAUCUGAAGGAUGGUUGUCUUCAGUCACUCCUGGAGCACCUGAAGGGUUUUCUUGAUAGCCUUCUCACCCACACAUUGCUGGAGGGCUCUCAGCCGAGCAGUUCAGUGGAAUUUGUCUUUCAACCAAACGGCAAAGAGUAUAUUAUUAAUGUGAAGCGUCCUAAUUUUGGCCCAGAUUGUGCCAAGGCUCUGAUUAUUGGGUCUGUUGUCACAUCUGCUACAGGCAUUAUGCACAAAGACCAGUGUUUUAUGUUUGUGUCUAUGAACUUGGACCUACUAGCCAUGCUUGUCUGGGGCAUCUCUGACUGGAGGAUGCUGUGGACCUUUGAUCACCGUUUCCUGAAAAAUUUUGUCUCUGGGAGUAUAGAACCCUUUAAAAGCUAUUGCCUGUAUCCUCCAUGCUAUGUUCAUGAUAUUAGUUUUUGGUUAGAUGAGAAGAAAGGAUUUGAUGAACUAGAAUUUCACACGGUGGCCCGAGCAGUGUCCCGGGACACUGUCAUAUCCAUACAGUUCCUCAGUCGUUUUCAGCAUCCAAAGACUCAACAGAAAAACAUGUGGGAAGGCAAGAAUGGAAGCCAAGAAACAUAUUAGGAGGUUAUUACAGUAACACAACCAGAGAUAAUGGUGACCUGGACCAGGAUGGUAAGAUGUUGUUGGGUUGAGUAAUAUUCAAAAGUAUUUGCUGAUGAACUUCAUGUGCAUGGGUGAAGGGUGUGGGGCUGAAGAAACAUAGGACUGACUAUGGUUUUUGAUCUGGAAGAACAGAAGUAUCAUUAAUGGGGAUGGGAAAAAUGGCAUAACAGUUUGGGGAGUGGGGUAAAGAACAAAGAUCUCUUAUGGAUACAUUUAUUGCUUAGCUUUCUACAUACACUAUAAAUGAAUAGAGGGCAGGUAAUGUGAUUUAUAGCUUGCUUCUAUCCCCAAUGGUGCCUAGUACAUGGACAAGGUAGCAUUUGAGCUGGAUCUUAAAACAAGAGUAGCGAUGUGACAGGAGGACUGUUAGGCAAGGAGGACUGUCACAGACUAUGAGUUUGGAGUUCUCUUUUGUCCAGCAAGAGAGUGGAUGCAGAAUUGAACACAAGAGAGGCUAACAUCCAGGAGGAGACAAGAUCCCCAAACAGGCCUUUUGUCUCCGUAUUUACUGAGCGCUCAAGAUCUUACACAUGUGGUAAACGUGAAGAAAACAAUCAGAUAGUAAUGAUUAACUUGUGUGUGUAAGAAGCAAAGGGUCUGGGGGGCAAGUGGAGUUUGUGAUCAAAGUAUAAUAGUAUAUUGGUGUCAGGUGGAAUGUAAUUUCCUGCAAGUAUAUAACAAGUUACUCGUGAUCCCAUUACAAUAUCUUACUAGCUAUCUUCAGGCGUUUUCACUCCGUGGUGGUGGCUUUCAUGCCCUAAGCGUUUUUCUAACCUAUUUAUGUGAGUAGAUCCUAUUUCCCCACAGAGGACUUGCAUUCCAGGCAGAGGUACAGAUGAGGAAGCAUCUGGGGCACUUUUCAGGCUAGUUAGUUGGAAUGUAAAUGUGUAUAGGGAAGUAGUGGGAGAUUAGAUCAGGAAAGUAGGUUAGGGCCGGAUUUAGUUGAUGUAAGAAAUGAAUGCUAGAAUAAAGUGUACUUCAUUUGGCAGGCAAUAGGAAAACUGGUAAUUUUUGAUUAAGGAGGCAAUACAGAAUAGUGCAUUUGAAAAUUGAUUGGAUGGGGCGCCUGGGUGGCUCAUUUGGUUAAGUGUCUGACUUGAGCUCAGGUCAUGAUCUCACGGUUCUUGAGUUCAAGCCCCAUCUCAGAUUCUGUGCACAU